AUGUCAGAAGAUUCAGAAAAGGAAGAUUAUUCAGACAGAACAAUCAGUGAAGAAGAUGAAUCAGAUGAGGAUACAUUCAUGAAAUUUGUAAGUGAAGAUAUUCAUCAGUGUGCACUUUUAACAGCUGACUCUAUUGGUGACACCUUCUUCCCCCGGACUACACAGAUACUAUUGGAAUAUCAGCUAGGGAGAUGGGUGCCACGUCUUCGUGAACCACGAGAUUUAUAUGGUGUCUCUUCUUCUGGUCCACUGAGCCCAACACGGUGGCCAUACCACUGUGAGGUCAUUGAUGAAAAAGUCCAGCAUAUUG